AAGCAAACUCAAACCCUUUUUGGCUGAAAAUUGUGUUAUCUCCAGUUAAUCCAUCUAUGGAUAACUUACCAUCAAAUGUCAUGUUUGAUAUUCUAUCUAGAGUUCCGGUCAAAACGAUCAUCCACUGCAAAUGUGUAUGCAAGAGGUGGCAGACUAUUAUUUUGGAUCCUUACUUUGCCGAUAUGCACCUCUCGCGAUCACCUGCAGGCCUCAUGAUUAAUCACAAUUACGAAAAAGAUAUGAGAAGUAGUACUAUCAAACCAGGAAUACUGAAGUGGGUGGAGAUCGAAGACGAAUCUGAUUAUCACUACUUGCACCAUGAUCUUCUCAUGAGUCUUGAUCUUAAUCUUGGAACCAUAUUUCAGGACUCUCAAAUCCUUCUAGUGGGAUCAGUCAACGGCUUGGUAUGCUUGUGGCAGUUUGGCCCUAGAGGUCACGAUAACACUUACAUAUGCAAUCCAAUCACCAGAGAAUAUAUGAUACUCCCUAGGCAACAAUACUAUAGAGACGGCUAUGCAAUAAUUGUUUAUGGUUUUGGAGUUGGUUUAAAGACAAACGAGUACAAAGUGGUACGGACUUUUCAAGGGGAUAUACCACCAGAUUCUACCUCAACAUCUCGGCCGAGUCUAUUAGAAGCCGAGGUUUACACUUUAGGGACCGGCCAAUGGAGAAGCCUUGGUCAUGUCCCUUAUUGGCUUUGUGGAUUCCACGGCCCGUUUCUUAAUGGCCAUGCUCAUUGGAUGGUUGUUGAUCCGGAUUCCCCUGAGAAGAUUUGUGCUUUUGAUUUUGACAACGAGACAUUUAAGUUAUUUCCAUCUCCUCCUGUUGAAAAUAUCGCAGAGAGUCGGAUACAUUUUCGAAGUUUGGGAGUCCUAAAGGGUUGUCUAAGUCAAUCGGAUACGUUUGAUUCUCAAUUCACGGUAUGGGUGAUGAAAGAGUACCGUGUAAAGACUUCUUGGCAUAAACAGGUGGUGAUUAAGCAAAGUAUUAGCCCUAGUCUAGACUGGGUGAUGUGGGAACCCAUGUAUCUAAUAACGGGUUUAAAAGAUGGAACAAUACUGAUGGUCUAUUAUGAAGACAAACUACUCGAAUAUUGUCCUCAAAACCAAACAGUUGAAGACACAAAACUAUUUGACCGCUACCUUGAUGCUAUGGCGUAUCGUCCUAGCUUUCUGAAACUCCAAAAUUUCAGAGCAGAGACAGUUCAUGUGUUCUAAAUUAGGUCGUAAAAUAUUCUACCGUGAAGGCUCUUUACAUCAUUCUAUAUUUCAAAUAGAGCCUAAUAUGUUGCUAUAUAGUGGAAUUAAUCAAUGUAAAAGUGACUUCCUCAAAAAGUAAACCAUUUCAUAUUACAUUCGGGCGCGGCUUAUAUCUACAUACAAUCUUUUCAAGCUCAUAAAACUUGAA